AUUCAGUUGAGUAGUGUGAUCCAAGGCAAACAAGUCCCUGGUGCUUAUCUACGAAUCGUUUAUUUGUCGUUUGCUGUUUUUACCAAACGUUUAUUAAAUUUGUAUUCUAGUCCUAUUUCAUUUUGAUUUUUUAUUUCACACAGUGGAAUUAUCGAAUUCAUUAUUUCUCGGAAAAAUUGAAUUUUUUUCUUUUAUUCCUACUGGAAAAUAAUUGAAAAAUUAAUAAAUGUUUACGAUAUAAAAUGAUACUAUUUUAAUGAUAAGAAAGUAGAAGAACUAAAAAUUCCAAUGAUGGAUGUGGAAGAAUCUCAUUCGAUGUUAGGAUACCAUUCAGUCGAUCAUGCAAAGACAAUAAGGCUUGAAAAUGUUUGUGAAGAUAUUGAAAAUAAUAAUAAUGAAGAUAAAAAUCAGAAUUUUGAUGAUAAACAUGACGUAAUACAUUAUUCGUUGAAUUCCAAAGGCAUAUUUGCACAGUGUUUAGUGUCUGGUGCAGUAUUAUUGUUAGCAGCCGGUGGAGGAAUGCCAAUUGGUUAUAGUGCCAUUUUGCUACCACAAUUAAUUGAAGAAAAUGGCACGAUGCACGAAAUUUCGGUGAAGCAGUGGGGGAAUUUCUUUUUUCUUGUAAUUGAGAAAUAUCUUUUCUCGGUGUUAGCAUUAAACUCCUUUGUUACGAUUGUGAAAGUCUACUUGGAUUCUAUUAAUGUUGCUAAGCUUCAGUCCAUAGUCUGGCAACACCUAUUGGAUCUUUAGUAUCCGGUGCAUUGUUAGAUGAGAUUGGUAGGCGUGGAUCUUUACAAUUUUCAGCAGUACCAUUAUGUAUUGGAUGGUUAAUUAUGGGUUUUGCUAAAAACAUCCCUUGCUUGUUGGUAGGGAGAGUUGUAUUAGGUUUCAGUGUAGGCUCAAUGGCAGUACCAGCUCAGGUUAUACUGGGUGAAAUGGCUGAUCCAAAACUUCGUGGAUUUUUAACAGGAGGCACGCUUGCUUUUUAUUGCCUUGGUAUUCUCAUAAUAUAUGCGUUAGGCGCUUGUUUUACAUGGAACAUCGUAGCUUUCUGUGGGAGUAUUCUUCCUGUAAUAGCAUUAAUUGCAUUAAUUCUGAUUCCCGAAAGUCCUACCUGGCUUGUAAGACGGAAAAAACCCGAUGAAGCAAGAAAAGUCUUGUUGUGGUUGCGAGGAGGUAACAUGCAACAGGUUAAUGCUGAAAUGGGAAUACUGGAAGCUCGAAUGAAAACAGAUUUAGCACGAAUAGCUACGAAUAUGUCAUGGCUUGAAAAAAUUUCUUCUGUUAUUUCUACGCUACUCGACCCUGGUGUUUUCAAACCAUUAACAAUCAUCAAUAUCUUUAAUAUUCUUCAGUUAAUAAGUGGGACAUUUGUCAUCGUUUUUUAUGCAGUAAAUCUCAUUGGAGAUAUUGGUGGUGAUAAUAUAAACAAUUACUUGGCUGCAGUAAUUACAGCAGUUACUAGGCUUUUAUUUAGUUCAGUAGCAAGUGUUUUAUUAUUAAAAAUGAGUAGAAGAUAUUUAGGAAUGUUCUCUGCUGUGGGAACUGCUUUUACUUCGUUAAUCCUCGCAGGAUAUUUGUUAAUUAAGGAAGAAUCUUCUAUCGAUAUUUAUGUUAUUGGUAUUUUUCUUCUGUUAUACGUGGCAGCCAGUUCUGUGGGAUUGAUGAUAUUUCCAGGUUUAAUGGUUGCUGAGUUACUUCCGCAAAGGGCUCGAGGAAUUGGUGGCGGUUGUAAUUUCUUCUUCUUCAAUUUGCUCAUUUUUAUAGUUACAAAAAUUUUUCCUACGGUGAGUGAUGCAGUAGGCAUUAUUGGAGUUUUUACAAUUUUUGGAAUUUCCGCUCUUCUAGAGGCAAUAUUUAUUUAUAUUGCUUUACCGGAAACGAAAAACCGCACACUUCAAGAAAUUGAAGAUUAUUUUCAACAAGAUAAUAUACUUUGGAUCACUCGUUCGAUAGAAAGAAGAAAUAACGAACCAUUUUUUGCACAUAAAAAUUAAUUUUAAAAUAUAUUAAUAAAAGAUUGACGUACAUAAUUAUAAUUAAAAAUGUAAUAUAUAUAACUUUAUAAUAUUUAUUUCAACUAUUUAAUUCAAAUAAUGCAAGCGUUAUGCAUUUGAAUUUUGUCAUAUAAAAAAUGUUGUAAAACACCUAUUUUAUGCAGAAAUAUUUUAAGAAUAUCAACGAUUGUAUAUUUGGAAAAAUAAAAGUUUGGGAGUAAGUGAUUUCUG